AUGGCGGAGGAGCACCACGGCGCCGGCGCCGGCUUCUGGCUGCCGGACGAGUUCCUCGACGACGACUUCUUCUCCGACGAGAAGGCGGCGGCCGCCGCGGCGGCGGCGGCGGCCAGGAGCGACAGCGACGACGAGGACGGGCUCGAAGGGCUCUCGCGCCGCGUGGCCGCCCUCGACUGCGACGCCGGCGACCGCGCCAUUCCCAAGGCGGAGGUGAUGUCUGGGUCUCCGCAGUCCACGCUCUGCGUGCUGCAGGCCUCCGGGGAGGACAGCCCCACCGGCGGCGCCUCGCAGGUCAGCUCGCCGCCGUCCUCGCCGCUGGAGCAGCGGCCGGCCGACCCAUGGGACCUCCUGCACGAGGCCGCCGGGCAGGUGGCCCGCCUCGGCGUGGACAGCAUCCCCGUGCCUGUUGUCAACCCUCCUCCCAUCCACGGCGCCGGCGUCGCGCCGCCGGCGAUGAAGCCCUCUCCGCCGCUGCUUCCCUCCCCAAAGCCCGUCGGCCCUUACCAGUACCCGCCGAACAACUCGCUCGCACAGCGCCAGGCCCAAGUCGCUCGUUUCCAUCUCCUGAAGCAGCAGCAGCUGAUGAAGCACCAGCGGGAGCAGCAGCUGGCGAUGGCGGCGGCCAUGGCGUGGGGUUCCGCCGACGUCGGGCCGCUCGGGCUGAGCCCCUCGGCCUGGCCGCCGCUGCAGAAGUCCCCGCACCACGCCCCACCGUCCGCGGCCGGCAUGCGCGCCGUGUUCCUCACCCCUCCGGGGGCCAAGCGCGAGUGCACCGGCACCGGCGUGUUCAUCCCCCGGCAGGCCGGCGCGCCCGCCGAGCCCAAGAAGAAACCAACCUCAGGCUGCUCCACGGUCCUCCUCCCGGCGCGCGUCGUGCAGGCGCUCAACCUCAACGUCGAGGACCUCGGCGCCCGCCCGUGCUACCCCGGAGCCUUCGUUCUUGAUCACGACGCGCUGGUGAGCCGGAGCAACGCGAUGCAGGCGAGCCAGAAGCGCGAGCACAACGCCAACGCCAAUGCCGCCGCCGCGCACUCCCCGCCGCUCGCCGUGGCGUGCGAGGUCAAUCUCCCGCCGGAGUGGACGUACUGA